AAGUCGUAGGCGAGUGGCCAAGAAUAUGAGAAAAAACCUGGAAACUUCCACAAGGUCUUCGGUGUCAACCAAAUUUAGGGCUUUGCACGGAGGAUUUACUUUUCCAAUUGUCUUUCCCUGCCAAAUUGUCUCUCCCUCAACAGAAUCGGUUUCGAAUUGGAGUUGAUUUUGUUUGGUGCAUCUCAGGUUAGAAAAAUGGCGAGUGGUUUUGGGGAAUCAAUUAGAGCGUCUUCUCCGAGUCCAUCUUGCUCGGGGAAUAGUCCCAACGAUGCUGGUGAUUUCGAAUGCAACAUAUGCUUCGAUUUAGCUCAAGACCCAGUGAUCACUUUGUGUGGUCAUUUGUUCUGUUGGCCAUGCCUUUAUAGGUGGCUUCAUCAUCACUCCCAUUCUCAAGAGUGCCCCGUUUGCAAGGCCCUCGUGCAGGAAGAGAAAUUGGUUCCACUUUAUGGGAGGGGUAAAACACAGACUGAUCCAAGGACCAAAUCAUAUCCUGGAAUGGAGAUCCCUCACCGUCCUUCGGGGCAGAGGCCCCAAACGGCGCCUCCUCCUCCUCCUCCUGAAGCCAAUCCAUUUGGGAAUUAUGGGUUUGGACUUAUGGGAGGUUUCAUUCCCAUGGCAACUGCCAGGAUUGGGAACUUCACGCUUUCCACUGCUUUUGGUGGUUUUAUACCAUCUCUGCUCAACAUUCACUUCCACGGGUUUCAGGAUGCCACUGUCUAUGGGACAACGUCUGGAUAUCCCUUUGGGAUGAAUGCGUUUCAUGGAGGGAACCCGCGAGUUUUUCCACACGCAACUGGUCAAGUGCAGCGGCAGGAGGACAAUGUUCUGAAGAAUCUGCUUUUGUUGAUUGGAUUUCUUGUCCUUCUUACAGUUGUUUUUGUGUGGUGAAAAAUCAUUUUGCAUUGAGCUUGCAUUACAGUGAUUUUAUUUUUGCCAUCUUCUAAAGGGGUAAUUUGUCUGUAAAUAUUUUAGCUGAGUUCAAGAGGGAAUUGUAUGCUUGAGAAUGCUGCUUUUGGCUCUUUAUCAACUGUACUAUAAGAAUCUGCAGUGAACUUGAAUGCUGUCUGUUUGGCUCUUUAUCAUUUACCAGUUUCUUUGCUGUCUUGUAAUAACCUCUCUUUCUCUGUGUUCCUAUACUUGAUCUUAAAAUCAUCGGUUGUCAGGCUCACAAAAAUAGCUGAUUUCAAGUGUGUAUGAUUGGUAGCUUAACCGUGCUGUUUCGGGUUCAUUAGCAGCACAAAAGUUUUGGUAUGUAGGACCGUUUGUGUCUCAUUUUUUGGAGAGUUAUUGUGAUUGAUAGCUGCAAAUUAGCAAUGUUUUUUGUUUCCGUUCUUCACCGCAAAUUGGAGGGUGCGGUUUCAGAAAAAUUGAAGCUCUAGGAUGUCAAAAAGGUUCUUGAUGGAGGUAUAUUACUAUAUUUACAUGUUUUCUAGGUCUAAUUUGGAUUCCACUGAGACACACUGAAACAUCUAGUGUGAUGUAGCUAGCUUUACCCUUAGAAUA